ACACGGAAAUGGUGGAUGAGAAAAAGGAGUACUACUUGUUUGUUGUGGUAGAAAGAAUGAAGGAGUCAGUUUGUGUGUGAGUUUUAUAAAAAUUCAAAUAAAAUAAAGGCAGAAAACAAAACAAAACAAAACAAAAAGUAGAAAAGGGUCCGAAUGAGUAGAAAUGGAGAUGGGGAAGAGGUGGUGGCAAAGAAGAGGACGAGGAGAAUUAAGGAGGUAGUACAGGUGGCUCUCAGGGGAGGCUGCUUGGCUGCCUCAGCCACGGCCAUGGCGGUGAUGCUGACCGCAAAUGAGGAGGGAGUGGCAGACAUCUACGGGUUCAAGCUCACUCUUUCAUCCAACUGGUCUUUCUCUCCCUCCUACCAGUAUGUGGUUGGGGCAUGCACAGCGACCAUUCUCUACUCCCUGUUCCAGCUCUGUUUCGGUGUUUACAGGCUCCUCACCGGAUCUCCCAUCAUACCCUCCCGCUUCCAAGCUUGGCUUUGCUUCACCUUCGAUCAGCUCUUUGGUUAUUUGAUGAUGAGCGCUGCAUCAGCCGGUUCUGGAGUUACCAACCUCAACAAAACCGGUAUCAGGCACACCCCUCUCCCUGACUUCUGCAAGACCCUUUCUUCUUUCUGCAAUCACGUCGCCCUCUCCAUCCUCUUAGUCUUCCUCUCCUUCAUCUUCCUCGCAUCUGCUUCCUUUUUUACUGUCAUACUGCUCUCCGCUACUACUUAGUCUCAUGGGACUCACUCUCUCUAUU